CAAAAUUAAUUCUAAUUUUUUCUUUGAUACGGGCAACUACGGCGGGUCGAACUCGAGACAGACAGGAAGAGCACGGAGAGGAACGGAACAGCGGGGGAAGCCGGGUCCGACGAAAUCGAGCCAAUUAUGAGGGUGGAGAAGCCUUGACAAGCAAGGCAAUCUUCCGAUGUGCUCUAAUGCCGAUGAUAUCGAGCGCUUCCCAAUCAGGGAACAACCUGGCGCAGGCUGUGCGUGCCCAAUCAUUCGAUUCUCCACCCGCCAUGUUCACAGGCUUGAUCGAGCACCUCGGCACUGUCGCGAGCAUCGUUGUGGACGAUGCUGGAUGUACACUAACCAUCUCGGACGCAGCACCAAUCUUGGGUGACGCGCACAUCGGAGACUCCAUCGCGGUCAAUGGGGCUUGCCUAACCGUCACCGCUUUUGACGCUGCGGAAAAGGGCGGCUGGUUCACGGUGUGGCUUGCCAACGAGACCUUGCAGCGCACGGAUCUGGGAGAGCGCAAGGUGGGAGAGCAACUCAAUCUCGAGCGAGCCAUGGGUGCCCAUGUGCGAUUCGGAGGGCAUUUCGUGCAAGCGCACGUCGACACAACUGCAACUGUGGUUGACCAAAAAUCAGACGGAGACUCGCUCCGCCUGACGUUCCAAUUCCCUAAACCUACCGCAGAACGGCCGUCCCUGCUCCGUUACAUCAUCCCUAAAGGCUACGUGACCAUCGACGGCGCGUCCUUGACUGUUACGGGCGUUGAUGACGCGGCACGCAAAUUCAGUGUGAUGCUCAUCCAACACACUCAGGAGAAGAUCACUCUGAGCAAGAAACCCCUCGGUGCGACCGUCAACAUUGAAGUGGACAUGGUGGGCAAGUACGUAGAGAAGAGCGUCGUAGGUGCACUGGGAGGCAGUGGAGAUAGCGGCUUGAAAGCGAUGAUCGAAAAGGUUGUGGAAGAGGUUUUGGUCAAGAAGGGGGUGUUGGCUCCAAAGUGAUGAUCACAUCACAAGGUCGACUACAAACUCAAGCUUGUACUUUUACCUAGACCGUCGUUUGAUGGACUCUGGCUCUGGCCUGCGCGGAAAGGUUACUGUGAAAGUAACCGAGGCGUCGCCGCGACGGCCCUAUGCAGCCCGUUCACCGUCGCCGUUCAAGUCGAAUACAUCGAACAUUCCGUCCAACAUUCCGCCGCCUGUGUUCCGUCCAAAGUCCAAAGUGAAUAGCACCGCGACAUCGACCCUUGUACGCAAGGCGGCGAGUACUGUCUCUCCGUCCACGAUAUCUAGAAGUGGUUCCGUCAAGAGCUCCGUCAGCACGAGAACUGCUGCCCCUAGUCUGACACCCCGAUCGGGAUCCCCUACGAAGCAACUUGGAACAGUUCGGCCCAAGGCAACCGUAACACGCGGUCUGACAGCUCGAGCGGUUCCCACUGUCCAGGAUGCGCGCAGGCAUUCCUUGACAGGAUUCGACUACGCGUCCCGCAACGCGCCCAUCACCGUUUCCGACAUUCUCAAUCUCUCCGACGACGAGAGAACGACCGGCAGCUCUGGUCCCUCACCGCGCGUUACAGCGAAAGUGUCCAGAUUUGCGAAGCAACAGACCAACGUCGACGACUCGCUCUCCUCGUCUCCUCACUAUGGGUCCUUGCGCGCACAAGCACCCCUCCGACCUCGGGUCCCGUCCGUUUCCUCCACCGCCUCCUCAUCCUCCAGUCCAUUUCACCCGCCAUCAUCCAUAGCGUCGACACCAGCGGGCCGAUACACCGCUUCUGUCCGAUCAAGUGCAAGCGCCAGCCCGUCCGGCGGGGGCUCCCCCUACCAAUCCUUUCCCGAGGCGUCGUCGAGCAGUCAUGCUGCGCGCUAUACAUCUCCACCCCGCACCAUCAACGGCAGCGCGUAUAACAGCCCGAUUGCCAAAGUUGAUCCUGCGGCUGUUCCCUUGCCCACCAAUUCCCCGCCGACUUCUGCGUUGUCGUAUUCCUCCCGCUCGUCUGUGGCCGACUCCAACUCGCGACUCAAGGUUCAUGGGGCGCUGGAAAUGCUCAUGGGCCUCAGUGCGCAAGACGACGACGACGACGAUGACGAUGACGACGACGAAGAUGAUAAUGAUGAAGAAGACAUUGAUUCGGAGGCUGAGAAGGUCCGGCAAGUAGAACGAGAAGUCAGGGCAGAGGCGAAGUCAGUACGGAAGAUUGCCGACCUUGAGAUAACGAACAAAUCUCUACUGACCAUCAAUGCGUCCCUCGAGCAAACGAAGCACCGACAGGCCAAAGAGAUCCGGGAUUUGCGACGUAAGUUGCGCGAAUCUCGGCUGGUCCUUCCUCCCCGGGACUUCCGCAAGCUGGACGAACCGGAACCGGAACUGGAGGAAGAAGAAAGCUCAGAUUCGGAGGAAGAGGAGGAGGAGAAUGAAGCUGAUAACACUAAAGAUGAAGGAUACCGGCGAGUGAAGGCAAUCCUAGAGACGCUGCUGGAGUCGGGUCGACGGGCAUUAGAGAGCACGCCAAAGGACUUUCCGGAGCCCGUCAAGAUCACUAAAGUGCUGAGCGCUUACGAAGUUGAAGAAGCCGCAGAUGGAGACGACGACGAGGCGGACGAGAGCAUGCAACAGACGGUGAGUUUCCGGUCAGAAGAUGAAGUGGAGGAAUUGGCGAUGGCGCAUUCGAGGUCACCGUCGCCUUUUGUGCCUCCCACAUCGUAGCAGUCAAGAUUAAUACAAUAAUCUCUCAUGGAAUUCUCUAUAUAGAAACAUACCCAUGCAUCCAUCCGCAUGCUUAGUACUACUACAGGUCCAUUGUACAUUAUCUACCCAACUAGUCGUCGUCAUCCCGGAUCUGCUGUGCUCUUUUCGCAAGCUGGAAGCAAGGCAAUCAAUGGAUCGCUGAAAGAUAUCGUCUGGUCACUUACGAUUGCAGCCAAAUCCAUGCCGCCACCACCAGCAGCAACACCUCCAAUGGGCUUCGGUUUUGGUGCACCUGCGGCAGUCGGUCUUGCAGCCGUGGGCACCGGCGGCUUCAUCCCAGGCUUGGGUGCACCUGGCUUCGCUGCGACAGGCGGCUUCGGUUUCGCUGCAACAGGAGGCGGCGCCUUCCCAGCAAGCGAGCUUCCAGGUCGUGAGCUGGCUGGGGUAGAAUCGGUAGAAGCGGGCUUCUUCCAGCCGUUGCCAUUCGCCAUGCCAGGGAUGGCCACAGGCCGUGCUGAGGCAUCAGCUGUCACGGGCGCAGCUGCAGGUUUCGUCGGAACAGGCCGUCGAGUGGGAGGCGGAGGUGCAGCUACACUCGGUGCCGGCGCCAGUUCGAGAUAGUUGUUGGGUGCCCAGCCCUGUGCGCCGCCUUUCUUCACAAGCCACCAACCAUUGUCAUCCUUCUCGAGAAGCUCGACGAGGUCGUCUUUCGUCAGACUCAUCUCCCCUUCCUCUCCAGUGAAGUCGAACUUGGCCCGAUACAUCGGUGUCGAUGAGGCAACCGGCGCUGGCGGUGGAGGCGGUGGAGGCGGCGGCGCCAUACUCGUUCGUUUCACUGUCGUCGGAGUUGGCUUGACUGCAGCCGCUACCACAGGCUUGGGAACCGCUGCUGCCAUAGGCCUCGCCGCUGGCGCAACCUCUGAUUUACCAGGCAAUGGCCGAGCAGCAGGCUUCGGCUUUGAGACAGGCUUCGGUUU